UGGCGAAAUGGUAGAACUUGAUACAUCUAUUUUGCGUUCGAUAUUAUCAAUUUUGUAACUAAAAAAAUGCUAUGUUGAAAAUAUUCGUGCAAUAUUUGUAGGUGUAUAAUAUAAGAGAUAUAAUAAUAUUGUAUUGAUUUCAAUGAAACUGGGUGGCUGGAUUGAAUUUCAGUUUUGGGAUUUCAUGAGCUGUUUUAAAUUUAUAAGUAUAUACACAAAGUCAAAUAAUGAAUAAUUGCGGGGGAGGUGUCGGUGGUGGCAUUGCUACCGGGGGUGGAGCCUAUGAUACUAAAAUAGCAGGACUUUAUGACUUGCUGGACACUCUUGGCUCAGGACAUUUUGCUGUAGUGAAACUGGCAAGACAUGUAUUUACUGGUGAAAAGGUUGCUGUGAAAGUUAUAGAUAAAAGCAAGCUAGAUGAUGUCUCGAAAUCACAUUUAUUCCAGGAAGUCAGAUGCAUGAAAUUAGUUCAACAUCCAAAUGUAGUAAGACUCUAUGAAGUCAUUGAUACCCAAACAAAGUUAUACCUGAUCUUAGAAUUAGGUGAUGGUGGUGAUUUAUAUGACUAUAUCAUGAGGCAUGAAUCAGGACUCUCAGAAUCUCUGGCUCGUGAUUACUUUCGUCAAAUAGUCCGCGCUAUCUCAUAUUGUCACAGGUUACAUGUGGUUCACCGAGAUUUGAAACCUGAGAAUGUUGUUUUUUUUGAAAAAUUAGGAAUAGUGAAAUUGACUGACUUUGGUUUUAGUAAUAAAUUUUGUCCUGGACAAAAGUUAGAGACGUCAUGUGGUUCUUUGGCUUACUCUGCUCCUGAGAUUUUAUUGGGUGAUUCAUAUGAUGCUCCUGCUGUUGAUGUGUGGUCACUCGGGGUUAUAUUGUACAUGUUAGUGUGUGGACAAGCACCCUUCCAAGAGGCCAAUGAUAGUGAAACACUGACUAUGAUUAUGGAUUGUAAAUACACCAUACCAACACAUGUUUCAAAUUCCUGUAAAAGGCUUAUAGGUAGAAUGCUAAUAAGGGAACCAGAAAAGCGUGCAACUUUGUCUGAAAUAGCAUCCGAUCCAUGGGUCACUGCAGGGGAAGGUGUGACUGUACAAGACUUUGAUACUCCACUAGUUGCCAAACAAGAUUUGACUGAAGAAGAUCGCACUGCAAUUUUACAGAGAAUGGUCAAUGGUGCCAUUGGAACAAAAGAACAUAUUCUUGAACAAUUAGAAAAGAACGAGUAUAACCACAUAACAGCUACUUAUUAUUUACUGGCAGAAAGAAAGUUGAGAUCCAAAAGGCAAGAAGCAAGACAGUCGGCCCGCAGACCAGAAGUGCUGGGUGUGUCAAGGACAAAUAAAAGUUUAUUGGCGCCACCACAAAUACCUGCUGCACCACGAACACCACAGGAUGUGCCACCCCGUUCACGCAAAUGCAGCAUCGUGCGUGAAGAAGAAGAUGAUGAAGAAGGUGCUGGUGCCGCCGCCACCCGCUCCGGGGACGCACGACGCGGCUCGCGGUCCGAGGGGCGUCUCCACCUCGCACGGCCUGCACUAUUAGCAGACAACCUCACUAAGGUGAACCUGGAUGAGGGUGGAAGCGAAGGUGCUUGCGGUGUGACUAUAGCCGUAGCGGAUGUCGGUCGUCGAGCGCCCGCGCCGCCAGCGCCGGCCCGUCGGCAGAGACUCGAUUGUCGUCGACGACGAGCCCGCGCUGGUUCGUGUUCGUCCUCGGACCUGUCCGACGACGACUCCGAGAAGAAGAAGCGGGCCGGGGAGCAGACCGCCGCGCCCGGGGAGCGAGCGAGACGCGACUCACACGAUGACUCCAGUGACAGUCAGGAACGAGGCGCAGCACGACGAGCAGCUCCCGCCCCUCACCCCACACCACCCGCAGCUACAACAGCGCACGGAGGUAAUUCGUCCGGUGGCAGCAGUGGUGGUGGUGGGGGUGGGGGAGGGGGUGGCGCGGCGGGUGAUGCACGCGGCGCGGCGGGGAGUACCGGUGGUCGACGUAGGAGGGCCGCGCGCAAAGAGAGUAGAUUAAGAGAAUCGCGUUCACUCAAUCGCAUAGCUGAAGUGGAGGAGGCGAGCUCGACACGGUGGGCAGGCGGUGGUCUAGUGGCUCUAUGCGGUAGACCUCUAUUACGUCUCCUGGCAGCCGCUCGACCACCGCCCUCCGCACGCCGGCUGCAUGGUCUAUGCUGAGUAUCCUAUUUUUCUCCCCUAAGACUUUAAAAUCAAGUCUCGAUAUAUUUCCCCAUCCAUAACACUUUCUGUCAUUGUUGUUAAUUUAUCACUUAUGUCUUAUGAUCUGAACGAGUUAUGACUGAUGAUAUUGCAUAUUAAAUAAUAUGUUAUCCCUCUCGACUGUCAUAACAUAUCGAGCUGGGAUGUUUGUAAUGAAUCUUCUAUAACAUUAUCAUUUCAGUUCGUUGAUUAUUUGAAUUUACACAUUUAAGUAUACUUAUAUACAAUUUUAUUAUAUUUAUUUCACAUAUAUACUUACACCCAGACAGGUAUAAAUUAAAUGUACGAACAAACUUUAGCUAUAAACUCCACUUGCUCUUCAACAGCCUAUUUGUUAUGAGUACAUAUAAGACCCUGACACUAUAAUCAUGUAUGUACGAGCAAUGACAUAUUUAUAUAUCUCAUUGAAUAUGUCAACAUAAUAUAUGUUGUCUGUAAAUGUUCUUAAAAUGAUUAUAUAAUAUAAGUAUAAUAUGGUUGCCCCUUAUAUCGCCAAAUAAUUAUACUGGUAGUUUUAGACAUCUUUUAUAUAAACCUUAUUACUUUCAAACAUUUUUAAAAAGAAAAGUUAACUUUGUAACAUGCAAGGGGCCAUUCUAUCUUUGAUAUGUUUCGAUUCAAACAAUGUAAUGCAUUUAUAAUGUCUAUAAAUAAUAUUAGGUCAACAGGGUCAGAAUUCAGUUGAUGGGUACUCACUUUAAAUGACCUAAGAGUUUCAAUAGGUUUGGUGAAGUGAAUGAGAACUGAAUUUUAUAAAAAAAAUAAAUAAACGGGGCUUGAAAAUAAAUGUACUAAAAAUGCCAAUAAAAGUUCCAGUACUCCUAUUAUAUAUUAAAUAGCACUAAAUUAUUAAUUAUAAUAUAUGUUACACAGGUUUUGUGGAAAAUUGGAUGUUAGUUUACAAUUUAUCAUAUUAUUAAUUUACUGUUAUUGAGAUAGUUAUUGUCCGUGUAUUCGAUAUGUGGUUUCCUCACUCUUGAACCCCUCUUAGUGCUGAUUUCAUUAGCAAUGUGGUGCCUUAGUAUUCUUUGAUGCUUUAUUAUAGAUAAUUUAUCAGUGUUCAAUUUGAAGGGACAUUUGUAUGUUAUAUAUUAUUUUUUUUCUGUCAGAACAAAUUAAAUACAUAUGUAUAUAUUAUUUAAGUGCCAACAAUAACAGUAAUAGGGAAAUAAUUUAAAAGAAAUGUUACAUUUAUAAAUUUGAAAAAAAAACUGAAAUACAAAUAUCUGUUCUGUAUUUUAAUUAAUUAUCUUGUAACGUUCAUGGGCGAGCGUCUCUCAUAAACAAUUUACAUGACUGACAAUAUGAAGCAAUAACUAAUACCAAAUGAUUCCAGUACUGUUAAAAACUAUUCCAAGGACACUGCAAUGGUGACGUUAAAAAAUUGUUGUGCUGCUUUGGUGCUGAGGCAUAUAGUAGUUUGAGAAAUUACUACAUAUUUUUUAAGUUAAAACUUCUAUCAUAGAACAUAAUCACUACUGCAGUAGAGAAACAUGAGUCAGUACUUCUUUUACAAUAAAUAAUCAGUCUAUAUAGAAGUUAAGUGUAACAAUCAAUUUAUUUGCCAAUUCGAUUAACACAAACAGUUGCCAGUGUAGCGUAGGUAAGUACCGAAGUAUGUAUAUCAUGAAGUUGUUUUUAAUUAUUUGUAGUGAUUAAUAUGCAAUUGAAAAUUUAUUGUUACAUGUUGUCUAUUAAAAAAAUAUUUAUGUACAUAUUUAUUUUAAUUGUAAAUAAUAGUCUAUAUAACAUAUUAUAUGGAAAAUGUAAGCUGACUUGGAUUUUUUUUUUUUUAUAUAUAGGUUUUAUUUUAAAUGUUGACUACAGGCUCUAAUGUGCAAACAUUGUUCCGUGCACACCGCAACAAACUUUGCGAAAUAUUUGUACCAAAGAGUAGUGAUUCGUUUAUUUAGCUGUCUCGAGCCGAACGCCGGUAUGGCCAAUCAGUAUUUCAAACAACAUUUCGUUCUAUUGUCGCUAUGGGCGCUUAUACGUGUAACCAUUAUUGUAUAGUCUUUGUGUUAUUAAAUUUCCGAACUGUAUUGUUUUUUUUUUUUUAUUUGUAACUAAAGUUCAGGUCACGGAUGCCUUUGAAUGUUUUUGUUUCAACUUAACGAACAGCAACCAUAGCCCCAGUUUCCUCUUAAUUCUCUUAUGUUUUUGAACUUUUCCGUCCCCAAAUCUUUUUGUGGACUAUUGUCAUGGAAAUUGUAUACAUUUAUUUUUUUAUUUAUAAUUAUAUAGAUCUAUUAUUAUUUCGCACUAAGUGUUAGUGUUGAUUUGUAAAGCAUAAUGCCAUUAAGUACAAACUGUAAUGGUGUGUAAAUAGCUACCUUAACAUUUACAAUUCCAUAUAUUCAUAUAUGUUAAAAGGAUCUGUAUUCUCAAUUACUUCAUAUGAACCGGAUAUGUUGACUUUUAUAUCAACAUAAAUAUUCUUAUUGUCAUUUCACAAACUUUACAAAUACAUCUCAUACUUCAACUGUAAUUGCAUGUGUCAUAUUUUUUAAUUUGUAUCUUGUAAAAUUAUAAAAAUUCUCACUAUAAACACUGGAUAGAAUUUUUAUCACAACAUAACCAAUUUAUAUCCCGCUCGGAUAAUUUUACAUGUAUUAAUUAAUUUUAGUUGACCUGGAAUAAUUUUAUUUAAACUAAUUACCAGAUAAGGAAUAAAUUUAUUUGUGUAUUUAUAUUUAAACGAUUAUUUUAUUUGCUUAUGUAUUGCAUCGUAUUUGUGAGGAUUUAGUUCUAACAUAUUUUUCAAAGAUUGUGGGAGUGGUAUGUUGUGUUUAUUUAAUUUUAAUCGAUAUCAUAGUAAAACUACGUAAAUUUCAGCACUUUGUCCGUUCUUCAGACAUUUAAAUUGUAGUAAUCUGUAGAAUAUUGACGAGUCUAUUCUAUUCGAGAUAUUUAAAUAUGAUCAAUAUGAUGUAUGUGUAGUUGUUACAUUUAUUUUAUUACGCUAUUUAUGUGUAUAGAACUACGAUUAUAAAAUCGACUUAAAGGUCAGAGCUUGAAGCUUUGUGUAAAACAUCAUUAUAAACAUUCUUCCCUCCGUAAAGUAGGUUAGUGCUAUACAAGAAAAUAAAAUUUUUAUGAGUUUAUUAAACACGCCUCAUUUAAUAUUUUUGUAUAUUUUCUUACUGUGUACAGUUAUAAUACUAUAAGCCAUAUUGAGUAAUAAUUAAAUAAUAAAUUAAUUGAGUAUUUUAAUUAAUGUUAGGUCCAUUUUAUAUUGUCCUCAUUGAAUUACCGGAAAUAUGAUUUACAUAUUAAAAGGGCAACACUGUAAUGCCAGUUUUAAUUUUUUUUAUCUAGCUUUGAUUACAAUUUGAUGUGUCUAUAUAUUUAAUAAUCGGAAUAAUUAUCAGAACUUCUAAUAAAUGUGUACCUGGCCGUAUGUAUGUUGGCGCGUACUACUAAGCUUCUAGUAGUUGUCGAAAUAAUGUGAAAUAAUAGUUGGAAUUAUCUGCCUGUAUUAAUAUUAAAUAUUUCAAUGAGUUU